GCACCAGAAAAAAGCAGCCAAGCCAAUCAGGAAUAAGUUUCUAAGGAAUGAAAAGGUUAAGCUUACUUCCUUCUGAAUAAAGUUGAGAGGAAGCCAUCAUAACAGAUCUCCACUGUUUUCGUUGGCAAUAAGGAAGAAUCCCAUUUAACCCAUCUUUUGAUUCUGGGCAAAGACCUGGCCCUUAGACCCAUGAGCCCCAUUUCCUUGUUCAACAUCUCUCAGAAGAUUCAAAUCUUUCACGUAUCCAACAUGGAAUCUUUUGGUGACUUGGAUCCUCAGCGUAACUUAAACUAGGACAACAAUCAUUGCAGUCAUCAAAAUGUAUUACUCACGGAAUCAUUUCUUGACAUUUCUUACUUGCUUCUCGUGGAGUAUAGGAUAUACUGGAGCUGAUGAUCAUGGUGUUGUUUUCUUGUAUCCAACGGAUAAUCUCACCAUCAACUAUCUCGAUACCGUUAACGUAACCUACACAUCUCCUUUUCCAGAGCCUCAACUUUGGAUAUAUUGUCAGAAUAUCACGGAUCUUACGGGUCCACUAAUCACAGAAAGCUAUACCACGGUCACAGCAUUUAAUGGCUCUGCGCCAAUCAACUGGAGAUGGUUGGGUGGUUCACCUUGUUGGUUCGAUUUGAAACCAAAUGCAUCAAAUGGAUACGGAGCCAACAGUGAACAUUUCAUCGUCGACCAAAAUCAACGUGCAUCACCUACAACAUUAGGAUUACCAUUACCUACAGAUUCAUCAACUUCCACCACAUCAACAUCGAUAUCAACUACUGCUUCGGCUAGCAGUGAUGCCACCACAACAGCAUCUCCAAAUCCCACCACCUCUUCCACUAGCACCUCCGCAUCCGCCUCCUCAUCACCGACCCAAACCGGCGUUUCCACCAACAACACCCCAUCCACCGUUCUUUCCGGCGGAGCCAAAGCCGGAAUCGGGAUCGGGAUCGCAAUCGUAGCACUCCUAGCAUUAACAGCGGGAUUCUUCUUCUGGCGCAAGAAACAGAAGAAAAAUACGGAUUAUACGGUUUAUCCUACUUCGGAAGUGGCUAUGAAUGAGAAGAUGGAGGAUUCGAGCGAUUAUUCGAAGAGUGAACCCGUGGCGUAUGAAAUGUAUGCGCCGGAAUAUCAUGUGGAGAUGCCGGGGACGCAGCCGGUGAGGGAAUUGGGGGAUGGGGAGAUUAAGAGUCAGGCGACGAGAUUAGCGUGA